CUGAAGUGACGACGGCAGCGCGUUUUGUUUAGAUCUCAAAGCAGGGAAUGCUAGGCUAAAUCUACUGGAAACAAGGCGUUUUCUACACAAAACUGUAGGUUUGAACAUGCUGAUGAGCAGGUAUUCACUACUAUAGAAAUAUCUUGUCAAUGAACCCACCGAAAAGCAGUGGAGAGCUGAAAAAUGGUGAUACAGUUGCCGUUUGUUCCUUGACAACCUGUUGAAUACAUGAAAUGAAGCCAAGUCACUUGAGUGUAAGGUACGUUAGGGCUCUUCAUAACAAUCACCAAUGUUCAAAGACAACAGGGGGUUGGCAGAGGAUGUUGUUUCCUUGAGAAAUCAGCUGCGAUUAACCGAGAAAAACCUGCAGUCACUGGGGGAACAAUUGAGUCAAUCAGGAAAUGGCAUCACCGGUGAGGAUAAAAACAGAAGUGCAGUGGACGGAUUCCCAGGUCGUCUUACUUUAGAGGACCUUCAGAAUCCUGAUCCUGGACAACCAAGAGGAGCAUAUUCACAGCCUGAGCAGAGGGUGUGUGCAUGUGUAUCCAUCAGUGACUGCAGGUCAGACAGAGACAUGGAGACUGACAUGUCUGUACUCAGGAGGAAGCUUAACACCAUCAGGCAGGAAAACACUUCUCUGGCCAUGGAGAACAGGCAGCUUAUCAGUGACAUAGAAGCUGCUCAGCUUGAGUUAGUCAGCUCAAAGUCCAAGAUCCGCAUGUUGGGAUCCACUUUGGGAGCCAGGACCUCCAGUGUGUCUCACAUGAAGGAGCAGAUUCUGGGUCUUGAGGCAGAACUAGAAACCCAAACCAAAGCUUUAGUGGCUACAGAGCAGAAGGUGGAAGAAAGUGAACAGACAGUGAUGCAGAGUAACCGGGUGGUGGAGAAGCUCAGAGAUGAGCUGAGAGUUGUUAAAGCUGAGUUAGCUGAAAGAACACGUCUGGGAAAACGUGCUGAGCAGCAGAGAAACCAAGCACUUCGAAAUGCAGAGAAGCUCACAGUGACCUUUAAAGAAUACAAAGAGGACGUUUCUGAAAAACUCAGGAAGGUGUUGGAGAGUGAGGGCCAGCUGAAAGUCAGCCUGAUGGAGUGUGACAGGGAGAGAGAGGUGCUGGAGAGGAAGUGUGCUGAGCUGGAGAGAGAGAAGGAUGGUCUACGUCACAACAUCUGUGAGCUGAAGGAGGUUCACAGCCGCUCUGAGUCUCUCUCCACUGAGCAUGUGCAGCUGCAGUCUCAGGCUCAGCAGCUCUCAGAUCAGCUGAAACAGCUGCAGAGGGAGCUAGCUGAGAAGGAGGUUCGGCUGCAGGAGAUGGCAGGGCUGAGGAAAGAGAACGAGGACCUGCGGCUCCUCACGGCAUGUCAGGAGCAGAGGGUGGCUCAUGCCCACAGAGAGAAAGAACAGGACAGAACUGAGCUGACCAGCCUAGAGAGCAUAUUGGAAUUACUACAUCUGAGAGAGAAUCAGGAGGGUGCACUGUGUGUGAACCCUUGUUUGCUGCCCGACUUGUCUUACACAAGCACCACUGAAUCUCUCAAAAACAAACCUGGUGAACGUUAUCAGAAACUGUUGGCGGUGCUUCAGAUGGUUGAGAGGGAGAAGACCCGGCAUGCCAGUGCCGCACAGGGCCUACAAGAGAGCCUGACUAGAGCCCAGGAGGAGAUCUCCUCGCUGCAGAACUCCAUCACAGAGAGAUCGUCUCACUACCAGCAGCUCCACAACCAGCUACUGGACAAGGCUACACAGGCCACCUCCUUGGAGAAAGAGCUAAAAAAGAAGAGUUUGCGUGUGACUGUCCUGGAGAAACAGGUGCAGGAGAAGAGUGCUGCUUAUUCACAGGCUGUAAUGAAGACCAGCCAGCUUGAACAAGACCUUCUGGUAACAUAUACAUACAAAGCAUGUAAUGAUUUCAAGAUAAAACUGCAAAUCUAUACUCUGUUUCUGGUGUGUGUGUGUGUUUCGCUACGGUUGUCUCUGGCUCAGAAACAGACUGAACUUGAGGAACUAGAACAAAAUGUGACUGAUCUUCACACAGAGAAGCAGCAGUCACAGCAGAGAGCUACUCUUCUACAGGCCGUUGUAGAUAAGCUCACUGAGGAUUUUGAGGCAAAAUCUAAAAGCAGUGAAGAGGCACUUAGAAAUGUUGAAGAACAAGCUGCUGACUCUGCUUCAGUGGUUAGGAACCUGCAGACCAAACUGUCCUCCUGUAAAGAGGAGCUGAGUCAUUACCUCCAGCAGAUGGAGGAGGUAAAGAAACAUCAUGAUAGACAACUGGAGCUGAAGAACAGUGAGCUGUCACAGCUGCAGGAAGAGCUGAAGAGGAAAUGUGUAGCUUAUCAGAGCUCCAGUGAGGAGAACCUACAGCUGCAGCACUCUAUCCAGAACCAGCACACCAUGUUGCAGGAGAGCACGUUACGCAUCGCACAGCUGGAGGAGAGCCAGAGUCAGCUGCAGAGCCAGGUGUCCCAGUUGGAACAAGAUUUGGAGAAGGAGCAUACUGCCUUAUCUCAGGCUCUGAGGAAAAGAGAGAGAGAGGUGGAGGAGGCCACUCAGGAGGUGCAGAAGAAGGAGAGGCAGGCCGCAGAGCUCUCCGGCUCCAUAACGCAGCUGAGUUCAGAGAUGAGUAAGUGUCGAGUGGAGCUGUCAGACAUGGAGCUGGAGCUGUUGCGUUUGAGGAGAGACAGCAACACGAAAGCCUCUCAGCUUAAUCAGAUGGAGGAGACACUCAAGGAAACCAAAGGCCUGCUGGAUAAGAAGAGUGAAAUUGUUAUCGACCUUGAAGAGAAGCUCCACCGCAGUGAGAUGGACAGGAGGAACUCACUGCAGCGGGCGCAGUUGCUUGAGGGACAGUUGCAGGAUGUGCGUGGAGAGCUUGCAGAUACCCUGGACCACCUGCAGGAGCUCAGAGACUUGCUGCAGCAGACACAGUUGACGUCAGACCAACAGCAAGCAACCAUCGAUAAAUUAGCUGCUGAGCUCAGAGAGAGUCAGAGGGAGCUGGAGGAGAGGAACCAUGAGGUGCUGGAUCUGGACAGUGCUCUGAAAGAAAGACAGGGGGAGCUACAGCAGAGAGCGCAGCUGUUGGGGCAGCUGGACGUGGCCAUUAAAGAGCAUAAGCUGGAGAUGGAGAAGAAUGUGGAGUAUUUACAGGAAGCUCUGGAGAAGAGCCAGAAAGAGCUUAGAGAGAAGGACCAGCAGAUGCAGUUCUUGAUGGAGAGGCUGGAGAUGCUGAAGUCACAGAUUCAGGUUAAGGAGGACCUGGAGAGGGAUGCUCUUGAACAUGGCCAGCAGCUGCGUGUGUAUCGUGAGCAGCUCCAGAAGACGGUGCAGGAGCAACAGGAAGCACAUUCACACUGUGAAUCUCUGAAUAGACAGAUAAAUGAAGUCACCCAGCAAGCACUUCAGAAGGAGAAAGAAGUUCAUCAGCUGCGAGAAGAGAUGUCUGUGAUGGAGAAGCGCUCUACACAUGCAGAGGUCAGACUCCAGGCCACCAUUACUACCCUGCAGCAGGAGCUUGAGCAGCAGAGAGAGGAGCACCACAAAGAGCUUUCAGCUCUCCAGCAGACGCGUGGGCAGCUGCUGAAGGUGUCGGAUCAGAUCUCCAGCAGCUUGCGUAAUUCUCAGGAGCAGCUGAGCCAGCGGCUGCAACAGGCCCGAGACCAGCUUGAAGAGGCUAGAUCUACCUCUGUUCGCCUACACGCUGAGCUUCACAGCAAAGAACAGCUCCUACAGAAUGCUAAUGAGACCCUGCUUAUCAAGGAGUCAGAGAUCACCCGUCUUCAAGCCAAGCUCUCCAGCUUCGAAAGGGCCACAGAACUACACAACAUCACACUUCGUCACAAACCCAGCACUCCUCCCCCUCUCUCUCCUCCUCUCAAAGACUCUAUUCUUCAUGGCUCCAAAUCCUCCUCUCACAAAAACACUUCAGCACGUUCCAGCAUCUCCUCCUGGCAGAACACCUUCUCUGACACCUCUGUGGAGCUUUCAGACAGUUUGAAAGCCAGUGUACAGGCUGCAAUGCUGCUGCCCCCCUCCCCAGACCAGAUCUGGCAGGGUCUGAGCACCCAUGAGGCCACCUCCGCUACAGACAUGUCCUUUAAUCCACUCACAUACAUGCUGGACCAAGAGCAACCAGAAGAACCAGAUCUAGACUCUCUAUCAGGUAUGCUGAGGUUUGUUAACCAGACUCUGGCCCUCCAAGAGCAACAAUCCCUCUGUGACACCAGCACCCACAAAACAGGAACAUAAUGAGGUGGCAGCUGUACUGUGUCUGUCCUUACAGGAGAACCCAUCAACUAAUGAUAUUCCUGAAGUCUUUACCGAAUAAAUGCACAGAGGUCCAAAACCUGCUGAUUCGUUCUUUUUGCCCUGAGCUACUAGAUGAUUUUUGUAUGAAGCCUAAAUGUUACAUUUAACCUCAGUUCAGUUGUGAAUCAGUUUGGUAGAGCUGUUUGAGCUUGUCCAGUAGCAUGAUCAAACAUGUCCCAACUGAAUUUGAAAUGUCCUUUUCAGUGGUGGUUUUGUAUUUAGG